CUGCUGCGGCGUCGUCGUCUUGGAGGUUAUUAACAAUUGAAAUAGUGCAAUUAAACACAAUUGGACGAUAUUUGCGUACCGCCGCUGAAGAACCGAGUGGCCGUUGUGGACGCGCGCGAUGAGUUUGUCAAAAUAAUUCUGCUAAAAGUGUCAAUUUGACAUGUUAUAUGUCAUGGUCUUCCCAUUCGAUACCAACUUUGAGAAUGAUUUCGCCAGAUAAUGAGGAGGUGAACCUGGUGCUGGAUCACCAGGUGCGUAGGAACAUCCAGAACAUGUACCAGGCGAACAUGUCUGAUGGCCGAGUGGCAGCCGAACGCGAACGCGAACGCUUCGUGUCCGACUCUAGUCUGGACCAUGACCAGGAGUCGAUGAAUGCAUUGGACACCCUCUCCGCCGAUGGCAUUGUGGAGGAGGAUCCCGAACGCAGCACCGACCAGUUGAUGGUGGACAACAGUGAGCUGCAGAACUACCACGAGAUGAUAAUGGAAUCCGAUCACGAGCACAUCGACUUCAACGGGUCGCUGCGCAAGCGUCGCGGCAACCUGCCGAAGCACUCGGUGAAGAUUCUGAAGCGCUGGCUCUACGAGCACCGCUACAAUGCCUAUCCCAGCGAUGCCGAGAAGUUUACGCUGGCCCAGGAGGCCAAUCUGACGGUGCUGCAGGUGUGCAACUGGUUCAUCAAUGCGCGCCGCCGCAUCCUGCCCGAGAUGAUACGCCGCGAGGGCAACGAUCCGCUGCACUUUACCAUUUCGCGGCGUGGCAAGAAGACCAGCCCCAAUUCAUCCAUGCUCCAGUUGGGAGCAGCCAAUCAGAUCUCUGAGGCAGGCAGUCCUAUCUCCGAAGUGUUUGUUGGCGCCACCGAGGAAGUGGAUGGUGCGGGCGAGGCCCAUCAGGGAAUCGCCAAUGUGCUGACCAACUUUGACCAGUACGUGAGGACACCGAACGGGCAGGUGCUGAAAAUGGAACCGGAAUACGACGAGAGCGUCAUCUACAGCUGGCAGCAGGCCGUUGCAAACAAUCCCAUGGGCUUCCAGAGUCUCCACUCAUCGCUGCAAGCAACCAUUAUAGAUAAGAUACAGGCCUUUCAGAUGCGCAAAGCAGCUGCGCUGGCCGCCAGCAGCAACGGUGCCCUAAAGCCAUUCAGCAGCACAUUUCGGCAGAUGCCGCCAGAGUUCGAGGAGGAGAAAAAGCCAGGUCCAAUUAGGCGCGGACGCAAACGUACGUCGGCGGCUCAGUCCUCAGAAGCAGGCAAAGAAAUUGUUCAGAAACGAAAGGAAGCCGAGCCUGGGAAGUCGGCCAAGAGAGGCAAAGGGAUGGGCCCUAGAUCCGAGGGCGAGGAGAGCGCUCAGGGCUACGAGUCAUGCGAACCGAACAGCGAGGGUGAAGUCCGCUUCGAGACCUCCGACGACUGGCAGUCCGUGAUGAAAACCGUCUUCACCACGGAGGAGGUCGCCACCAGCAGCGCCGCAGCCACAGCCAAUGCCCCAGAGGCUGCCAACAGCAAGCCCCUGAUUUCCAUAAAUACAAUCUCCAAGCGUGAGCCCAAGCCAAAGGUUGUGGUCACUAGGAACGAUCUGCGACAUCCAAUCGUUGCCGAGUCUGCGGCAGUGACAAGCAGCUCCAAGCAGCUGGAGCGGUCCCCCGAGGAGGUUGACAACAGUCAGAGCCAGUCGACACCGCCACCACAGAAUCUAAGUCGAGAGCAGCGGGACAAGUACAAGUGUCUCUAUUAUCUGGUGGAGACUGCCAUGGCAGUGCGUCACAACGAUCCCGGACAGGAGGAGGGUUUUGCUUAUCUGCGCAACUGAAGCCCCACACCACUAACACUCCACAAAAACACAACACAACCCAAGAAGAACAUUAAUAUUCUGAUUUAAUGCAAAUUGGCAAAGCUAAUUACUGGAGCAGAGCUAGGGAAAUUGAUAGGAUACACACACAAAUGGUACAAAACAUUAGAUCAAUUUUAAAUCGCAUCGCAAUUUGCAAAUGUCAAU